CUCCUUUCCCAGGCGGCUGCCGAAGAUGGCGGAGGUGCAGGUCCUGGUGCUCGAUGGUCGAGGCCAUCUCCUGGGCCGCCUGGCGGCCAUCGUUGCUAAACAGGUACUGCUGGGUAAGUAGGUACUGCUGCUCGCGGCCCCCCUGUCAUGGGCCCCUGCUGGCGGUCGGUGAUGAGCAACAUUCACCAUCUUUCGUUUGAGUCUCACGGCCAUGAGAUCAACCCCAUGCACCGCUCUGAGACCUGCCAGCCACUCUUCCCCAGGGUUGGGGACUCCAGGCUCAAGAAGUGGAUUUCUAUUAGGCUAGCUUUUCAUUUAAACGUGAACUUAGCUCUGGCGAGUACUGCGCUGUGUCUGCAGGGUAACUGCACAGGCGGUGGGAGAACCCUCAGGCAGCUCGGCCCUUGCUUAACCCUUUCCCUCCCUCUAGGCCGGAAGGUGGUGGUCGUACGCUGCGAAGGCAUCAACAUUUCUGGCAAUUUCUACAGAAACAAGUUGAAGUACCUGGCUUUCCUUCGCAAGCGGAUGAACACCAACCCUUCCCGAGGCCCCUACCACUUCCGGGCCCCCAGCCGCAUCUUCUGGCGGACCGUGCGAGGCAUGCUGCCUCACAAGACCAAGCGAGGCCAGGCUGCCCUGGACCGCCUCAAGGUGUUUGACGGUAUCCCACCGCCGUACGACAAGGUGAGCUGUGCCAACUCCCCCCACAAGGCAGCAGCCUUGCCCAUGGCGUCCGUGAUGUUCCACAAUUACCUACAUUGUUUGAUCCUCAUGAAAGCAGCACUGGCUGAGACGCCUGCCCAGCCAACCUCCUUCCCUCUCUGUCCCUCCAGGGCUCUAAGCCCCUCUCUUUCUUUAACAGAAAAAGCGGAUGGUGGUUCCUGCUGCCCUCAAGGUCGUGCGUCUGAAGCCUACAAGAAAGUUUGCCUAUCUGGGGCGCCUGGCUCACGAGGUUGGCUGGAAGUACCAGGCAGUGACAGCCACCCUGGAGGAGAAGAGGAAAGAGAAAGCUAAGAUCCACUACCGCAAGAAGAAACAGCUCAUGAGGCUACGGAAACAGGCCGAGAAGAACGUGGAGAAGAAGAUUGACAAAUACACACAGGUCCUCAAGACCCACGGACUCCUGGUCUGAGCCCAAUAAAGACUCUUAACUCCUCAUGCGUGGACUGCCCUUCCUCCAUCGUCACCCUGGAAUGUGCGGGACCCAGGGGCAGCAGUAGUCCAGGUGCCACAGGCGGCCGGGGACAUAGGAAGCUGGGAGCAAGGAAGGGGUCUUAGUCACUGCCUCCUGAGGUUGCUUGAAAGCACUCAGCAUUGUGCGGCUGUCAUUUAUCUAUGACCAAUAGGAAGAGCAGCCAGUUACUGUUAGCAAAAGGGAGCCAGAAGACGGGCUGGAGGGUCCUACCUUGUGAGUGGGGCAUCUGUUGGACUUGCCACCUGGUCAUAUACUCUGCAGCUGUUAGAAUGUGCAAGCACUUGGGAACAGCAUGAGCUUGCUGUUGUACACAGGGUAUUUCUAGAAGCAGAAAUAGACUGGGAAGAUGCGCAACCAAGGGGUUACAGGCAUCGCCCGUGCUCCUCACCUGUAUUUUGUAAUGAGAAAUAAAUUGCUUUUAAA